GACGCACUUAAAAUUUGUAAUCUGUCUGUGGGUGGGAGCACAACAGUGCAAUAAAAGGACUAACCGCACCUGAGAGUGAUUGAUUACACAGUCAACAACUACACGCCGUAUACAAACAAUCAUGCUGGCAAAGAUUGUUUUGGUACUCUUUUUGGCCGCUUUGGCAAAUGCAGCUGUUAUCCCUGAUGGCUCUAAAGAGCCAAACUGCUCCAAAUACUACCUGCCCAUAUGCACCCGGGAAUAUAACCCUCUGUGUGGUACUGAUGGAUUCACAUACCCCAACGAAUGCAUGCUGUGUUUGGGAAAUUUUGAGGACAAGGUCAACGUAUUAAUCUCCAGGAAGGGCGAAUGCUGAGAUCUUUUAUAUCGAUGUGACAUGAAGGCUGGAACCACAUGAAAUUGUGUGUGUGUGUGUGUGUGUGAGAGAGAGAUGUGUGUUGUUGUUGUUGUGUUUUUUGUAGUUGUUUUUUUUAUAAAUGAUUUUGUCUUGGGGAAAGUGUUUUGUUUUGUUUUUUUUUUCCUCUGUAUGUCCUUUUAUUUUAAAAUUACAUUUAUAAUCACUUAAUAAAACCUGAGAUGAAAGGCA